GAAACCAGAAAACUUGUCCAAGGCAAAAAGAAAAGUCCCAUUUCUACCACCUCCUUUUCUCCAUUUCCAAGUGCCUCCGAAAAAGCCACAUCCUACUAUAAAUAAUUUUCCACCUCCUUAAACCUCCUCUAAAUUCUCCCUCCCUUCCCCCUCUAUCUCUCCUUCAAUUUUCUUUCUCACACCAUUCCACAAACAACCACAAAUCUCUCGUUCUCUCUCCUACUUCUCUCUACUUCAAUGAAUUGAUCGACAAUUCUUUGUCAUCCGGUCGCUGAUUGAAGGCGCAACAAUGGCGGAAGAACUCGCUAAACUCGUUGAAGCUGUAUCGCCUCCUCAAGGCGAUCUCUCGUUAAGACUUCGAACUUCCGGUUCACUCAAAUUAGGGUUGCAUCACUUCUACUCCAUCCUUAAUUACGGUGUCGAAGCGAUCGAUGACGAAAAACACGACGAUUUUGAUGCGAAUUCGAAGAAGUUAGGUCUUCAAUCUUGGAGCCAUUCUCAGAUUCAAUCUAUUUGUUCUCUCGCUGUUUUAAUUGCUUCCGCCAAUCGAUCUCUCUCAGUUGAGCAUGUCGAGCCUCUGGUUGUUGCUACUUUGCAUGAAUCGAUGGAGUUCGCUCUGUGCUGCUUGGAGAAAUCGAAGAUUAACAGUGACGACUUGAGCUUGCAGAAUCUCGCCGUAAAGCUGCUGGAAAUUGGAUUACUGGGUCAGAUGGAUAAUGAAUCUGAUUUGUCUCAGUCCAGCUUAACAAGUUCCCUUAUGGAUGGCUUGCCUCUUAUCUCCUUUAAAGAGGAAGGUUCUCUGCUUGAAAAGCACAGACAGUGGAACUUACAAGGAGAACAACCUGUUGAUCAGCUUGUUAUGACAUUGGCUUCAGAUAUGCAACUUGAUAAUGUCACACAAUCACCUACAGAUUCUACAUUUUCCCAGGAUUUCAACAAGAUAGUGUCUUCAUCACAGCAUUGGUCUGUUCUUCGCUUAGGAUGCAUUCACCGGCUCAUUAUGUUCUGUAAACAACUUGUACAGCUCCCAGAAGCAUUUGAUGUUAAGACGGCAGAGUUGAGCUUUUGCCGGAAAAUAUCUCUUUCAUUGAAUAUUCUGAAGUUACUCAGAAAUCUUGCAAGGAGCGUCCCUUAUGUCGAAGUGAACUCUGAAUUGCUGCAGAGUAUUUCUGUUUUUGCUGACAUGCUUCCUAGCUUGUUUAGACCAAGUCUUGACUUCAUAAGUAGCAAUAUAGCUUCUGAGAAUUACUAUGAAGGUGUUGUACUGAAUAUUCUUCAAGAGUUUCUACAUUUGGUACAACUACUUAGCUGUGGUAGGAGUGUCUUUCAAAAUGUUAGGGCAUGUCUAAUGGCUUCUAUACUCGAUCUUUUGGAUUCGAGUGUAUGGAGGUAUAACAAGUCAGCCAAUAAUUUGAAGCCCCCUUUGGUAUACUUUCCUCGGUGUGUUCUAUAUUUUGUCAAACUCAUUGGAGAUAUUAAAAAUCAAGGAGAUGAGAAGCAAGUGGAGAAGGAUUUGGGUGCAGACCUCUCAUUUGAUAUUGCUGAUCCUAAGGCCAGAUGUGUUUGUCAUGUUCGUUCUGAAAAUAUCAUAUUGGUUAAGAGUUACACAGCCGAGGAACUUUUGGAAAUAAUAUUUCCUAAAUCAAUUCACUGGGUAGAUAAUCUGUUGCAUCUUCUCUAUCUCUUGCACACCGAGGGAGUGAAAUUGCAACCGAAACUUGAGAAAUCUUGUUCUGGUGCAAAAUCUAGUUCCAUCUGUGAUAUGGAGAACACUGGUUGCCAUGACGAUGAAGCACUCUUUGGGGAUCUCUUUUCUGAGGGUGGUCGCUCUGUGGGAUCAAAUGAUGGGUAUGAGCAAGCACCUUCUGUUAAUCCUCUCACUGGGUUCUAUAACACGAUAAUAGAAGCUGCUGCAGACCUAUCCGUCUUCCUCAAGUCCUGCAUAUUUUCUCCAGAAUGGUGUGCUCCUGUUUACGAGGAUGCUUGCAAGAAGCUGAACAGAAAUCAUAUCGAUUCUCUUCUGUUAAUGCUUGGCUGUCAAAUUUGUUACUCUGAGGGGUUUGAUGGUACUACUGUUGUACAGGAGCAGAGGAGGAUAGAACAUAUUCAAGAGAUAUGCUUCGAGAUGUUGCACGGUCUGCUCAAGCGUCAUGCUUUCUCUGAUCUUCUGGAGGAGCACCUUGUCCUUCAAAUUCUAAAGGUUGAAAAUGGUUCUUAUGUAUACAAUGAUCAAACCCUUGUCUUGCUAGCUCAGACUUUAGUCUGUAGAGUGGGUUCAGCUGGCAGCAAUUUAAGGAAAAAGGUGUGUCAGCAGUUUGUGAAUUUUAUUGUUGAGAAAGAAAAAGAUGUGCGUUCUAAUUGCUCCAUACUUAGUGAGCUUCUUAUUUCUCUUCCUAAUGUCUUUCACAUGGAGAUUAUUCUUUUGACAUUCCAUCUGUCUUCUGAAAGUGAAAAGGUGGCACUAGCUGAGCUUAUCUUCUCUAAUAUAAAGACCUUAGCUUCCAGUUUACAGGUAUCGAGCAGUACACAGCUGUCAUGCUGGGCUUUGGUAGUUUCACGGUUGAUUGUAAUUUUUCGGCAUAUGAUGUUGAAUAUGCGUGCUUGUCCAACAUCGCUGCUCAGGGAUUUCAGAUCAAAGCUGAAUGCAGCACGACUUGUUGGAUCCCAUCAUCUCCACCUCAAUGAUCCUGUGACAUCAUGGUCCUCAGUAGUAGUCGAUAAUGUUAUGAGUUUGUUUAUUAAAGAAGAGCCUCUCCUUGGCAACCUGCUUAAUCACCUUGUUGAUUUUGAAUCUGUGCCUGUGAGGCUGUUUAGCUCUGAUGCAGCCAAUGUAAAUUCGUCUUUGAGUUGGAAUGAUAUAUACACUGUCUUUUCACCAAUUUUGGAGCUAUGGAAGGGUAAGAAGGCUGCAACCAUUGAGGAUUUGGUUCUUGAGAGGUACAUGUUUCUGCUUUGCUGGGAUAUACCUGCUGCUGGGUUGUCACCGAACCAUAUGUCUUCUGCCUGGAGCGCCAACUGCAACCUUGAUCCAUCAAAUGUUGAACAAUUUAUUCUUUUUAGCCAUUUGUUGCUGGGACACUGUGACCUUGUGAAAAGCCAUGUGGACGUUGUGGAUAUUGUCAUUAAGUUUCUUCAACACCUAUGUUCUGUUUCGAUGCCUGCUGACAUUCAUGAGUUUGGUUGGGACAUGAUGAGAAAUGGACAGUGGCUUUCCCUGGUUCUCUCUUUCCUUCAUACAGGUUUUGGGAGCUACUGUGUUAAGAAUUCUGUCCCUGGGGCCAACUUUGUUUGGACAGAAAAUGCGUUUGAUGCGGAGUUUGUUUCUCUUGCCGAAGGGUCCAUCUCCAUGAUUUUGAAGACUAAUAAAGUCCCAGUUAUACUGAAAAGCUUGUCUUCAUUAUUGGCAAAAUAUAUCAGAACAUACCAGAGAGCCUUCUUGUUCACCAUUAGUGAAAACCAGUCACAUGCGCAGAUUUUUUCUCCUCUUUUGCUUCUCAAACAUACUGAAUUUGACGAGUGUAUGAAGGAUGAGAUCUUGGUGAAGAAUGGUCUUGUUCAUGCGGGGCUGGAAUCUGUUGAUGACCUCCUCCCAAAGAUUGACAAUGUCAUCAACAAGGGGGGAUCACAUUUGCUGGGUGUUAUAUCUUCUGAAAGCAUGCUCCAUGGUUUCCCUACACACCCACGAACUUCUAGUGGGGCUCUGGUUUCUUCUAUUCUCAGUAUCAGAGGAAUAAUCUGCCUUCUUGAUCUGAUCUUCAAAAUCAGAGGCACAAGGGGAGAUAUUUCUGUGGAGACUGACGUGCUUCAUGAAAUUCUUGACUCGGUGAUGACAGUUAAAUAUGACAGGGUUUUAAAGAACUUGAGUGGGAAGUGUAGAGAUGUAUGUCGUGGAUGUACAGGUGCAGAAGGGCCUGAUUAUAGUUUGUUGUUCCUGAUAAAGCAGAUCGAAGGAUUUCUUUCGGACAUCAAUGUCAGAGGGAAUGUCAAUCAUGUUAAGGUUGAACAACUAGUUGUCAAAGCUGUUGAUAUCAUGGACAGUCUUCGGCGAGAUACUUUGGGGAUCGAUGUUUUCAGAUUUUAUCUUGGUGCUGAAGAUGUUCCCCAACAUGUUCUCGACCUUUAUGGUUCACAGCGAGGUGAUUUACUUGUUCUGAUUGACUCUCUGGAUAGCUGUUACUCCGAAUCAGUAAAUGCAAAGGUUCUCAAUUUCUUUAAUGAUGUUUUAUCGGGGGACCUGAGCCUUUAUGUGAAACAGAGAAUACAAAAGAAAUUCGUUGGCAUAGAUUUAAGCUGUCUGUCCAAGUGGUUUGAGAAGAGACUGUUAAGUUUUCCGGCAGAAGAUUCUGGAAGCCUUUCAUCAGGUACAUGUGCUAAAGGAAGCUCAAUGACCCUCAGAGAAUCAACCAUGAGCUUCAUACUGUGCCUUGUAUCUCCUGAUGACUCGCUGUCUAGAGAAUUGUACAGCCAUUUGUUUAACGCUUUGCUGCUUUCAUUGGAGACAGCAUUUAAAGUAUAUGAUAUUCAUGCUGCAAAAUCUUAUUUUGGUUUUGUUACCCAACUUUUAAGAGAUGAAGCUUCAAUGAAACUACUGCUUGAGAGUAGUAUCUCUUUGAUGGAGAAGCUGGCGGUUGAUGAACGUCAGCUGCAAGGGCUGAAAUAUCUUUUGAGUUUCUUUGAGACAAUCUUGACUGAUUCUGGAUCUUCUCCGGAUAUGCCAGCUAAAAGCACUGGGAAAUCCUUCUCUGGAAGUAGUCGUGUGCUGGGUUCUAUUGCUAGUAGACCAGCUGGUUCCAAAAAAAGUUCCGAGAGUUUGAUUCUUAGUGCCAAUCAGGAUGGUAGCUCAAUACCUUUUGAGUGUGAUGCUGCAUCUCUAGAUGAAGAUGAGGACGAUGGAACAUCUGACGGGGAAGCAGCUAGCAUAGACAAGGAUGAUGAAGAGGAUUCUAGCAGUGAACGAGCCCUUGCUUCCAAAGUUUGCACAUUUACUUCUAGUGGCAGCAAUUUCAUGGAACAACAUUGGUAUUUCUGUUAUACUUGUGAUCUAACGGUGUCAAAAGGCUGUUGCUCUGUUUGUGCAAAAGUGUGUCACCGUGGUCAUCGUGUUGUAUACUCGCGUUCCAGUCGUUUCUUCUGUGAUUGUGGAGCUGGAGGUGUUAGAGGGAGCACUUGCCAGUGUUUGAAGCCGAGGAAAUUCACCGGAAGCGAUGUAGCACCAGCUAGGGGUGCUGGCAAUUUCCAACCAUUACUGCCUUUCACAGAGGAUGGAGAUCAAUUGCCUGAUAGUGAUUCAGAUCCUGAUGAAGAUGCUUUUAUUGAAGCUGAUAAUUCUGUGAGGCUUUCGGUCCCCAGUGACAUCCAAGGUGCGAUUCCUUGUCUUUAUGAAGAACUUGACCUCGAGGUACAGGUGCUUAAAAUUUGUAACUUGCUUCUGCCUUCCAUCACAAGGAAAAGGGAUGGUAACCUUUCAAGAGAUAAAAAUCUGAUUUUAGGAGAAGAUAAGGUACUGUUAUUCGGAUCUGACCUUCUGCAGUUGAAGAAAGCUUACAAAAGUGGUUCCUUAGAUCUAAAGAUCAAGGCAGAUUACUCCAAUGCGAAGGAACUUCGAUCUCUUCUGGCUAGUGGUUCUCUUAUGAAAUCCUUACUUAGUGUGAGCAGCCGUGGUAGGCUUGCUGUAGGAGAGGGUGACAAAGUUGCUAUAUUUGAUGUAGGACAGCUGAUUGGUCAGGCCACUGUUGCACCUGUUACGGCAGACAAAACUAAUGUUAAGCCUCUGUCCAAGAAUGUAGUUCGCUUUGAAAUUGUACAUCUUGUUUUUAACCCUUUGGUUGAGAAUUAUCUUGCCGUCGCUGGAUAUGAAGACUGCCAGGUUUUCACUGUCAGUCCUCGGGGUGAAGUGACCGAUCGUCUUGCCAUUGAACUGGCUCUUCAGGGCGCUUAUAUCAGACGGGUUGAUUGGGUCCCAGGUUCUCAAGUGCAACUAAUGGUGGUCACUAAUAGGUUUGUUAAGAUUUAUGAUCUGUCACAGGACAAUAUCAGCCCCUUGCAUUACUUUACGUUGGCGGAUCAGAUGAUCACAGAUGCUGUUCUCUCUGUGGCAUCUCAGGGUAAGGUCUAUCUCAUCGUGCUAUCGGAACUGGGAUGUUUGUUCAAGGUUGAGUUGUCGACUGAAGUGAAUGUGGGGACCAAACAACUGAAUGAAAAGGUUGAGAUUCCCGAUAAAGAUGUCCAUGUCAAAGGGUCGUCUUUGUACUUUUCAUCGACCUAUAAGUUACUCUUUGUAUCGUAUCAAGAUGGAAGUACAUUUAUUGGUCGGCUAAACGCUGGUGCAACAUCUUUAACAGAUAUAUCUGCCGUGUAUGAGGAUGAGCAAGACGACAAGCGACGACCUGCUGGGUUGCAUCAUUGGAAAGAAUUGGUUUCCGGUAGUGGAUUAUUUGUAUGCUUUUCAAGUUGGAGAUCAAAUGCUGCAGUUGCAGUGUCCAUGGGGGCUCAGGAGAUUUUAGCCCAGAAUAUACGACAUGCAGUUGGUUCAAAUUCACCUGUGGUUGGUGCAACUGCUUAUAAACCUAUAUCCAAGGACAAGUUCCACUCUCUUGUCCUACAUGAUGAUGGUAGCCUUCAGAUAUUUUCACAUGUUCUAUCUGGAGUUGAUUAUGGGUCAAAUGCAACAUCUGAGAAAGUUAAAAAAUUGGGUCCAAACAUCCUUAGUAAUAAAGCCUACUCCGGUGUGAAUCCUGAAUUUCCUCUUGAUUUCUUUGAGAAGACAGUGUGCAUCACUUCUGAUGUGAAACUGGGUGGUGAUGCUGUCAGAAAUGGUGAUUCUGAAGGAGCUAAGCAGAGCUUGGCAUCCGAGGACGGGUUUCUUGAAAGCCCCAGCCCUUCUGGAUUUAAGAUUAUAGUGUCAAAUUCGAACCCUGAUAUAGUAAUGGUCGGCGUCCGUAUGCAUGUUGGAAGUACCUCAGCAAAUCACAUCCCUUCUGAUAUGACCAUUUUUCAGAGGAUGAUAAAAUUUGAUGAAGGCAUGCGGUGUUGGUAUGACAUUCCAUUUACUGUUGCCGAGUCUCUUCUUGCUGAUGAAGAGUUUACAGUCUCAAUUGGGGCAACUUUCAAUGGCUCUGCACUGCCUAGAAUAGACUCAUUGGAGGUUUAUGGGCGCCCUAAAGAUGAGUUUGGUUGGAAAGAGAAAAUGGAUGCAGUUCUUGACAUGGAAGCCCGUGUGCUUGGAAGUAAUUCAUGGGCUACAGGUUCUAGAAGAAAGAUCCGUUCUCUGCAGUCUGCACCUCUUGAGGAACAAAUACUGGCAGACGGGCUUAAACUUCUAUCUAGGCUGUAUUUUCUGUGCAAGCCUCUAGGGUGCUCUAAAGUUGAAGAUGUGAAACCAGAACUAAGCAUGCUCAAGUGCAAGCAACUACUUGAAACAAUUUUUGAAAGUGACCGGGAGCUAUUACUGCAGUCUUCUGCAUGCCGUAUCUUGCAGUCUCUAUUUCCUAAAAGAGAAAUCUAUUACCAAGUUAAGGACAAUAUGCGACUUCUUGGUGUGGUUAAAUCUGCAGCUUUGCUGUUGUCAAGGUUGGGGGUGGGUGGUUCUACAUCAGCAUGGAUAAUUGAGGAGUUCACUUCUCAGAUGCGUGCUGUAUCUAAGAUUGCUCUGCAUAGGAGGGCAAAUUUGGCUGCUUUUCUCGAGAUGAAUGGUUCUCAAGUUGUAGAUGGGCUUAUGCAAGUCUUGUGGGGAAUAUUGGAGAUAGAGCAGCCAGACACACAAACCAUGAACAAUAUUGUUAUAUCUUCUGUGGAACUCAUUUACUGUUACGCGGAAUGUUUGGCAUUACACGGGAAGGAUCCACGUGGACAUUCUGUUUCAGCUGCAGUUUUUCUAUUAAAGAAACUAUUAUUUUCCCCUAAUGAGGCUGUUCAGACAGCAAGCAGCCUGGCGAUAUCUUCAAGAUUGCUCCAGGUUCCAUUCCCAAAGCAAACAAUGUUGGCUACCGAUGAUGCGGCAGACAAUGCUACUUCAGCAGCUGCCCAUCCUGAUGCAGUGACCGCAUCUGUAGGCAAUGCACAGGUCAUGAUGGAAGAAGAUUCUAUUACAUCCUCGGUACAAUAUUGUUGUGAUGGUUGCUCCACUGUUCCUAUACUAAGGCGAAGGUGGCAUUGCACCAUUUGCCCAGAUUUUGAUUUAUGUGAAGCAUGCUAUGAAGUGCUAGAUUCAGAUAGGCUUCCUCCACCACAUUCCCGAGAUCAUCCAAUGACGGCAAUCCCAAUAGAAGCGGAGACGUUAGGAGGAGAAGGCAACGAAAUUCAUUUCCCAGCUGAUGAUUUAAGUGAUUCAAGAAUUUUGCCAACUUCAUUAAGCACAAAUGUGCCAAAUUCCACCCCAUCUAUCCAUGUCCUAGAACCAAAUGAGCUUGAGGAUUUCUCACCUUCGGUUCUGGAUCCUGUCUCGAUCUCUGCAUCAAAGCGAGCUGUAAAUUCCUUGCUUCUUUCUGAGCUCUUAGAACAGUUGAGAGGCUGGAUGGAGACAACAUCUGGUGUUAGAAUUAUCCCAGUCAUGCAACUUUUCUAUCGGCUGUCUUCUGCUGUUGGUGGACCAUUUAUACAUAGCUCGAACCCUGAUAGCUUAGAUCUGGAGAAACUGAUUAAGUGGUUCCUUGAUGAGAUUAAUCUUAAGAAACCGUUUGUGGCCAGAAGCCGAUCUUCAUGUGGUGAAGCUACAAUCCUAGUCUUCAUGUUCUUUACCUUAAUGCUAAGAAAUUGGCACCAGCCUGGGAGCGAUGGCUCUGUUCCAAAAUCUGGUGGUUCUUCUGAUGCACUUGAUAGAAGCUAUACUCCAAAUCCAUUGUCUGCUUCAGUUGCUGCUGCAGUAUCUUCAAGCAACCAAGACAAGAACGACUUUGCUUCACAGCUGCUCAGAGCUUGUAAUAUUCUUCGCCAACAAUCUUUUGUGAAUUAUCUCAUGGAUAUUUUGCAGCAGCUGGUUCAUGUUUUCAAGUCGUCAGCUGGUAAUCAUGAAAGUUCAUCUAACUCGCACCCUGGUUCUGGGUGCGGGGCUCUUUUAAGUGUUCGAAGGGAGCUACCAGCAGGAAAUUUUUCCCCGUUCUUUUCUGAUUCAUAUGCAAAAGCCCACCGAGUGGACAUUUUUGCUGACUACCAUAGACUCCUGCUGGAGAACACUUUUCGUCUGGUCUACAGUCUGGUUCGUCCUGAAAAGCAUGACAAAACAGAGAAGGUGUAUAAGAUAUCUUCCAGCAAAGAUUUGAAAUUAGAAGGAUAUCAAGAUGUUCUUUGUAGUUAUAUAAAUAAUCCUCAGACAACUUUUAUUAGAAGGUAUGCUAGAAGACUCUUUCUGCAUUUAUGUGGAAGCAAGUCUCAUUAUUACAGUGUUCGUGACUCCUGGCAGUUCUCCAGUGAACUUAAGAGAUUGCACAAACAUGUAAACAAGACUGGCGGGUUUCAGAAUCCUGCUCCGUAUGAGAGAAGUGUCAAAAUAAUCAAAUGCUUGUGCACCAUGGCUGAAGUAGCUUCUGCACGUCCUAGAAACUGGCAAAAGUAUUGUUUGCGGCAUGCAGAUGUUUUGCCUCAUUUGUUGAAGUGGAUAUUCUAUCUCGGAGAGGAGUCUGUUAUUCAGGCGCUUAAACUCCUGAAUUUGGCUUUCUAUUCCGGAAAGGAUAUGAACAAUUCUUCUCAGAAACCAGAAUCUGGGGAUGCUGCAGUCGGCUUAAAUAAAUCUUCUGCACAGUCGCAAGAUUCGAAGAAGAAAAAGAAAGGAGAUGAUGGACUGGAUUCCGGUGCCGAAAAAUCUUGCUUGGACAUGGAAGUGGCUGUCAACAUCUUCACUGACAAAGAUGGUGAAGUCCUGAGGCAGUUCAUUGAUUGCUUCUUCCUGGAGUGGAAUUCAAGUGCUGUACGUGCUGAAGCGAAGUGUGUUCUUCAUGGCAUCUGGCAGCAUGGGAAGCAGUUGUUCAAGGAGAAUAUGUUGAGGGUGCUGUUGGAGAAAGUGAAUUGUUUGCCGAUGUAUGGACCAAACAUUGCUGAGUAUACAGAAUUGCUGACAUGGUUGCUUGACAAGGUUCCUGAUGUCAGCUCAAAGCAGUUAAAUGCUGAACUUUUAGAUAAAUGCUUGACUUCUGAGGUCAUCCAGUGCUUUUAUGACACUCUUCAUAUGCAAAAUGAACUGCUUGCUAAUCAUCCCAAUUCCCGUAUAUACAACACACUUAGUGGUCUUGUGGAGUUUGAUGGAUAUUAUCUUGAGAGUGAGCCUUGUGUUUCUUGUAGCUCUCCUGAGGUGCCCUACAGCAGGAUGAAGCUGGAGAGCCUUAAAUCGGAGACAAAAUUCACAGACAACCGUAUCAUAGUGAAGUGUACGGGCAGCUACACCAUCCAAUCUGUUACAAUGAAUGUGCAUGAUGCUCGGAAGUCCAAAUCUGUGAAGGUUUUGAACUUGUAUUACAAUAAUAGGCCUGUGACCGACUUAUCGGAGUUGAAAAAUAAUUGGUCUUUAUGGAAGCGUGCCAAAAGCUGCCACCUUGCAGCUAAUCAGACGGAUCUGAAAGUAGAUUUUCCUAUUCCAAUUACUGCUUGCAAUUUCAUGAUUGAACUUGAUUCCUUCUACGAAAAUCUUCAGGCUUCGUCAAUGGAGCCAUUGCAAUGCCCAAGAUGCAGCCGACCCGUUACUGAUCGGCACGGUAUAUGUAGCAACUGCCAUGAGAAUGCAUAUCAAUGUAGACAAUGUCGUAAUAUCAAUUAUGAGAAUUUAGACUCAUUUCUGUGUAAUGAAUGUGGCUACAGCAAAUAUGGCCGUUUUGAGUUCCACUUCAUGGCCAAACCCAGCUUUACUUUUGAUAACAUGGAAGAUGAUGAAGAUAUGAAGAGAGGACUUGCAGCGAUAGAAUCUGAAUCAGAAAAUGCUCAUAGGAGGUAUCAACAACUUUUGGGCUUCAAAAAACCAUUACUUAAGAUAGUGUCCAGUAUUGGUGAAAGUGACAUAGACUCACAGCAAAAGGAUUCUGUCCAGCAGAUGAUGGUUUCCUUACCUGGACCUUCUUGUAAGAUCAACCGUAAAAUCGCACUUCUUGGUGUACUCUACGGCGAAAAGUGCAAGGCAGCCUUUGAUUCUGUGAGCAAAAGUGUUCAGACUCUGCAAGGGCUUCGACGAGUUCUGAUGAAUUAUUUGCACCAAAAACACUAUGCUAACACUACAGAACCUUCGAGAUUUGUGGUUUCCAGGUCACCUAGCAGUUGCUAUGGUUGUGCUACUACUUUUGUUGUCCAGUGUCUUGAGAUAUUGCAGCUCCUCUCAAAGCAUCCCAAUUCUAAGAAACAGCUUGUUGCAUCGGGCAUAUUAACAGAAUUGUUUGAGAAUAACAUUCAUCAAGGUCCAAAGUCAGCUCGCUCGCAAGCAAGAGCUGUUCUUUGUGCUUUUUCCGAGGGUGAUAUGAAUGCUGUUAGUCAAUUGAAUAAUCUGAUCCAGAAGAAAGUCUUGUACUGCAUUGAACAUCAUAGAUCAAUGGACAUUGCCGUGGCCACCCGAGAAGAAAUGCUGUUGCUUUCAGAAGUUUGUUCGUCAAGUGAUGAAUUUUGGGAAUCGAGGCUACGUGUUGUUUUCCAGUUGCUAUUCACUUCAAUAAAAGUGGGUUCGAAUCACCCAGUCAUAUCAGAGCAUGUGAUUCUUCCUUGCCUGAGGAUUGUAUCUCAGGCUUGUACGCCUCCUAAACCUGACUUGCUGGAUAAAGAAACGGUUGGAAAAUCUUCUCAUCUUCAACCUUCAAAAGAUGAUAGUAGCUCAGAUGUUCCUGGUACCUUGGGUGCUCCUGUCAAUGGGAGCAAGUCUACAUCGGAGUUGGUGGAGAGAAACUGGAAUGGUAUGCAAAAGACUCAGGACAUUCAAUUGUUGAGUUAUUCAGAAUGGGAAAGGGGAGCAUCAUAUCUUGAUUUUGUCAGGAGACAGUGCAAAGUUUCACAGGCAUCCAGAGGUGCCAGCCACAAGUCAAGACCCCAAAGAGCUGAUUUCUUAGCUUUGAAGUAUGGGCUGAGAUGGAAGCGCCGUGCUUGUUCUCGGAGUAAUUUGUCAUCAUUUGAACUGGGGUCAUGGGUCUCAGGACUUAUAUUAAGUGCUUGUUCGCAGUCAAUAAGAUCAGAGAUGUGUAUGUUGGUUAACCUGCUCUGUGCUCAGAGUUCAACCAGACGUUACCGCUUGUUGAACUUGUUAAUGGCAUGGUUGCCCUUGACUCUCUCUGCUGCUGAAAAUGCUGUCGAAUAUUUUGACUUGCUCUUCAAGAUGAUAGAGACGGAAGAUGCUCGCUUAUUCCUUACUGCCAGGGGAUGUUUAAGUACUAUAUGCAAGUUGAUUACCCAAGAAGUCAAUAAUAUUGAAUCCCUGGAGAGGAGCCUACAUAUCGACAUUUCACAAGGGUUUAUACUUCACAAAUUAAUAGAGCUUCUUGGAAAAUUUUUGGAGAUACCAAACAUCAGAGCAAGAUUUAUGCGAGACGACUUGCUCUCCGAAGUUCUGGAAGCCCUGAUUGUUAUUCGGGGAUUAGUAGUACAGAAGACGAAGCUAAUUAGUGAUUGCAAUCGUCUGUUGAAAGAUCUCUUGGACAGCCUUCUGCAAGAAAGCAGUGAGAAUAAGCGACAGUUCAUACGUGCUUGUAUCUGUGGUUUGCAAAUUCACGGAGAUGAGAAGAAAGGGCAAACUUCUUUGUUUAUCUUGGAGCAGCUUUGCAAUUUAAUUUGUCCAUCAAAACCAGAGUCUGUGUACUUGUUGAUUCUUAACAAGGCUCACACUCAGGAAGAAUUUAUCAGGGGUUCCAUGACCAAAAAUCCUUAUUCCAGUGCUGAGGUUGGUCCUUUAAUGCGUGAUGUGAAAAAUAAAAUCUGCAAUCAGUUGGAUAUGGUAGGACUUGUAGAAGAUGAUUAUGGAAUGGAAUUGCUAGUCGCUGGGAAUAUCAUAUCUCUAGAUCUGAGUGUUGAGCAAGUGUAUGAGCAAGUGUGGAAGAAGGCGAAUAUUCAAUCUUCAAAUACUGUAGCUGCUGCUGCCAUGCUACCCGCUGGUGCUACUGCUUCAACAAGGGAUUGUCCUCCAAUGAUUGUGACAUACCGUCUCCAGGGAUUGGAUGGUGAAGCCACAGAACCCAUGAUUAAAGAGCUGGAUGAAGAUAGAGAGGAAUCUCAAGAUCCGGAGGUUGAGUUUGCAAUAGCAGGUGCAGUUAGGGAGUAUGGUGGGCUAGAAAUCAUAUUGGAUAUGAUUAAGCGCUUACGAGAUGAUUUGAAGUCCAACCACGAGCAGCUGAUUGUGGUGCUCAAUCUACUGAUGUAUUGCUGUAAGAUACAGGAGAAUAGACGAGCCUUGUUAAAGUUGGGGGCUUUAGGUCUACUUCUUGAAACAGCAAGACGUGCUUUCUCUGUUGAUGCUAUGGAGGCUGCUGAAGGCAUUCUUGUGAUUGUUGAGGCACUGACCUUGGAAGCUAAUGAGAGUGAUAAUAUAAGCAUUACCCAGGGUGGUCUUACCGUCACUAGUGAGGAAACUGGUGCUGGUGAACAGGCCAAGAAGAUUGUUCUAAUGUUCUUGGAACGAUUAUCUCAUACCUCUGGUCUGAAGAAAUCAAGUAAACAACAAAGGAACACUGAGAUGGUGGCUAGAAUAUUACCUUACUUAACUUAUGGUGAACCUGCAGCCAUGGAAGCUCUUGUCCAGCAUUUUGAUCCAUGUCUGCAGAACUGGACUGAAUUUGACAGGCUGCAAAAGCAUCAUGAGGACAAUCCAAAGGAUGAGGGUAUUGCGCAGCAAGCUGUAAAUCAAAGGUUUGCAGUGGAAAACUUUGUCAGAGUAUCCGAGUCUCUCAAAACAAGCUCUUGUGGGGAGCGGUUGAAGGACAUUGUAUUGGAGAGGGGGAUUACUGGGGUUGCAGUUCGGCAUCUUAGAGAGAUAUUUGCUGUAGCUGGGCAUCCUGGGUAUAAAUCUAUGGCUGAGUGGUUACUGGGUUUGAAACUUCCAUCUGUUCCACUAAUCUUAUCUAUGCUGAGAGGAUUAUCAAUGGGGCACUUGACCACCCAGAAUUGUAUUGAUGUGGGAGGCAUCUUACCUUUGCUCCAUGCAUUGGAAGGAGUAUCAGGAGAGAACGAGAUUGGGGCAAGAGCUGAAAAUUUGCUGGACACACUGUCUGACAAGGAGGGGAAUGGAGAUGGAUUCUUAGGGGAGAAAAUUCUCAAGUUACGGCAUGCCACAAAGGAUGAGAUGAGGCGUCGUGCUCUUAGGAAAAGGGAAGAGCUGCUACAGGGACUGGGAAUGCAUCAGGAACUGUCUUCUGAUGGUGGGGAGCGUAUAGUUGUUUCACGGCCAAAUCUUGAAGGUUUAGAAGAUGUUGAGGAGGAAGAAGAUGGAUUAGCUUGCAUGGUAUGCAGAGAGGGUUACAGUUUGAGGCCCAAUGAUCUGCUGGGAGUUUACUCCUACAGUAAGCGGGUAAACCUAGGUGUUGGUACUUCAGGAAGUGCUAGAGGAGAAUGUGUCUACACAACAGUGAGUCAUUUCAAUAUCAUCCAUUUUCAGUGUCAUCAGGAGGCUAAAAGAGCAGAUGCUGCUCUGAAGAAUCCCAAGAAAGAGUGGGAAGGGGCUACUCUCAGGAACAAUGAGACUCUAUGUAAUGCCUUGUUUCCUAUUAGAGGUCCUGCUGUUCCCUUGGGCCAGUACGUCCGCUAUGUUGACCAGUACUGGGAUAAUCUCAAUGCUCUGGGACGCGCUGAUGGGAGUCGCCUUCGGUUGUUGAUGUAUGACAUUGUUCUGAUGCUGGCCCGUUUUGCCACAGGAGCAUCUUUCAGUUCCGACAGCAAAGGUGGUGGGAAAGAGAGCAACUCCAAAUUCCUGCCUUAUAUGAUCCAGAUGGCUCGUCACCUGCUAGAUCAAAGCAGUGGUUCUCAGCGUCGUUCAAUGGCGAGGGCAAUCUCAUCAUAUCUCACCUCAUCCUCGGAUUCCCGACCUUCACCCUCGCCUCUGUUGCAGCCUUCUUCUGGUGGAACAGAAGAGACUGUACAAUUUAUGAUGGUGAGCUCCCUCCUCACCGAGUCAUAUGAUUCUUGGCUCCUGCACCGCCGUGCCUUCAUCCAGCGAGGGAUUCACCAUGCAUACAUGCAACAUGCGCACAGCAGAUCUUUGUCCAGGGGAUCAGGUUCCACGAAAUCUGAACUAUCAAGCACGAGUACGAGCGAUGAUCUACUGCCCAUCAUCCAACCUAUGCUUGUCUACACGGGUCUAAUAGAACAACUCCAUCAGUUCUUCAAACCCAGAAAGGCCACUGCUGAAGUAUCUUCUGACGGGGAAGGAACAUCAAAACAAGUGGAAGGGGAUGAUGAGAACGGCUUGGAGGUUUGGGAAGUAGUAAUGAAGGAGAAACUAUUAAAUAUGAAGGAGAUGGUCGGUUUCUCAAAGGAGCUUUUAUCAUGGUUAGAUGACAUGACUUCUGCUGGGGACUUGCAGGAAGCAUUCGAUGUUAUCGGUGCCUUGGCUGAUGUGUUAUCUGGUGGGUUUAAAAGCUGUCAAGAGUUUGUGCAGGCGGCUAUAAAUGUAGCAGGGAAGACCUGAAGUAAAUUGUAUGCUUCGCCAGAUUGUAAUCUUGAUGUACAAUUCAAGUGUUGAGUAUUUUUCUUUUCUGGGCUUUGUUAUGAUUAUGACAAGGUGUCCAUGUCGAUUUUUGGUGAAUUGAAUAACCUGCAUUUGAAUAUUUCAUCCUGCAAUCAAAGAAGUCUCAAUUUUCUUGGGCAUUAUAAGUAA